CUUUCGAUGAAAACUAUUCUGUCAUGUCGCUGUAGCGUUCAGUGUGGCUCGGCUUGACGACGAGGAAUGAAACAGUCAUGCGAAAGAUGUGUCGGGGUAUAAGUAUAUCACAACGGUUUUCAUUUAUUCACUAGAAAAAUACAUCCACUAUGGCAAAAUAGUAUCCCUGUUAACACAGAAGAGACGCAAAGUCACUGUCGAGACCGCGAGGUUUUUAAUCGGGGGAAGCUAACGUUACAUAUACUCGUUUUUGCUAGCAACUGACCUCCACCACAACACGGCGCAUUGGACUAGUGAUCAAUAAGUUACAAAUUCCUUGUCGUUAGCCCUCCUACCAACCCAAAGUGGUGCCCUGCGUACGGGUCCUGUGAAUAUGAGACAGAAUGAGUCAGAGAGAUACCCUGGUUCAUCUGUUUGCUGGAGGGUGUGGGGGAACGGUAGGAGCCAUCCUGACCUGUCCCCUGGAGGUGGUGAAGACCAGACUACAGUCAUCCCACAUCACACUUUACGUGUCUGAGGUGCAGCUCAGUACCGUCAAUGGGCCUAGCGUAGCACGCAUGGCCCCUCCAGGACCCCUGCACUGCCUCAAGUUGAUUCUUGAGAAAGAAGGAGCCCGCUCUCUGUUCAGGGGCCUGGGGCCUAACCUAGUGGGCGUGGCCCCCUCCAGAGCCAUCUAUUUUGCUGCAUACUCCAGUGCCAAAGAGAGACUGAAUGGAGUGUUUCAGCCGGACUCUACACAGGUCCACAUGGUGUCUGCUGGCUUGGCAGGGUUCACAGCCAUCACAGCUACCAACCCUAUCUGGCUCAUCAAGACUCGCAUGCAGCUGGACUCCAGGAACCGCGGGGAGAAGCCCAUGAAUGCGUUUGAGUGUUUGCGACGGGUGUACCAGACAGAAGGCCUGCGAGGGUUCUACCGGGGAAUGUCAGCGUCCUACGCUGGAAUCUCAGAGACUGUGAUCCACUUUGUCAUCUACGAGAGCAUCAAGCGGCGCAUCUUGGAGGCCAAGGCCACGCAGCACAUGGACGACGAGGAGGAGGAGUCGUCCAAGGAUGCCUCGGACUUUGUGGGGAUGAUGCUCGCCGCCGCCACCUCCAAGACCUGUGCCACGUCCAUCGCUUACCCCCACGAAGUGAUCCGGACCCGGCUACGAGAGGAAGGCACCAAGUACCGUUCCUUCUUCCAGACUCUGACCACGGUGCCCAAGGAAGAGGGCUACCGGGCGCUGUACCGCGGCCUCACCACCCACCUGGUGCGCCAGAUCCCUAACACCGCCAUCAUGAUGUGUACCUACGAACUAGUGGUCUACAUGCUAAAUGGUUAACCUUUGUCCCUUGACCUACGACCCCAGAUUAAACCCUAGAGAGAGAUGGGUCUACACCCCACGUUGAACCAAUGGCACAAAGAGACCCCCAAGAAACAGGGACUGUCAUCUCUCACACCUCCAGUCCCUCCAUCCUGUCUAAAACUUAAGCAAGUUGUCCCAAAAGCACCCUGUUUUGGGAUGGGGAGUUGGGUUGUUUUCAGGGGUGCACGACACAGGAAGAGGGGUUGGUAGACAGGAAAUCACCGUGUUUGUUUUGGGGAUAUGGUUUAAAGGUUUUUAAAAAGAAGCGGUGUCAUUGAAAAUGAGUUCUUAGGAUCCCUUUCUCUCUGCUUUUCUUGCCCUCUCUUAUUGUCUCUCCUAAAUAAGCUUCUUUACACGAGCAUAGGUUACUGGAGCAGGUACAGUGGGGAGAACACUCAAGCUAUUUUAGUCUAACAAUACUAAUCAUUUCUGGUUUGUGUCAAGGGGGCAAUUGGUAGUAGAGGCUUGUUGAGUGCAGGGAGGUCUUAAGGAUAGGGUUGAAGGUUUGAGCGAGGUGGAUAAGGGACGUGCCUUGCGACGACUUUAACUGACCUGUAUAGAUGCACAAUAGUGAUGUGAGGUUGAGGAAGAAGAGCAAAGGUCAGACCAGCCCUGGUUUCUGGAUCUCAUUGGACCGCAGGCAUUCAGAACCACACACAGUGCUCGUCGGGUCUGCUUUGUGCUCGGGACCCCUCCAUCCCAGUUGGUCAACAAGCUCACAGGUCCUCCCUACAGGGGCCAGUCUGGCCGGCCCUGACUAACACUAUAAGCAUUGAUACUCUGACUCAUACUGGAAGCUUAAACACAUGCAGCAGUCUUUACAGUGUUCUCUUUGUGUGCGUGUUCUGUAAAGUGGGUGAUAGUAAGAACCUUUUGACCCACUCCCUCGUAGCACCCAGACUGACCAGAAUCAUCCGCCAUUUUAAACUACUUGAAUGUUAAUCAACACAAGGAAUAACAAACGAAAGACUAUGGGAGCGUUGUCUCACAUCAGAUGGCAACCUUGUGAAUAUUCUAAGACAGAAAAAAAUAAGAGACAAUGCAUAAGUUUACAAACUUAACAAGACAAUUAUAUGAAAUCGUAUAAAUGUCUUCAUAAGAUGUUGCAUUUUUCUGCCCAGUCAUGGGAGUGUAAACUAUAUGUUUUUUGGGGGGGAUUGGAGGGUGAACCGCUGAACCCCAAGGUUUCCCCUCCUCCCCCCUUUUGACAUGCAGUAUGUGAUUCUUUCUGCAUUUUUCUAUAGACCUGCUCUGACCUCCAGUUGCAUCUCUUCUUUCUCUGCCUCAGAAUCCAAGCAAGUGUUACACAUGAGACGAUCCUCUGUCCAGUGUUCACUUUGGGAAUAGAUGGGAUUCUCUUGAGUGUACGUGUGUGAAAUGCUACACGAUAAGGAGACCCUGUGUUGUCUAUCCCCAUACUUUAUGCAGUAUAUGUGUGUUUUUUUUUUUUUUUUAAGAAAACAAGUUGACAAUGUUUGGGGGGAAAAAACUAUUUUUUAAAUCUGACUGUUUAAUGCCUUAAACAGAAAGAUGCUUGCUGUCUACUUCAUCUGUCGACUCCCUUUUAUUUAGCUGUUUUUCCUGUUUUCUGAUUUUGUCAUUUCGAAACUGUGAGAACUCAAUGUUCAUCUCCUUGUCUACCUGUUUACAUUCAGUCUUGUGUAACCAUAGAGACGACCUUACCUACUGACCUUUCCCCACUCACAUGAUAUGAGCACGAAGAGCCUUCCCAGCACAUGUAAGCAUCACUGCAGCCAAAUAUCCACAGGUCACACUAAUGCUAGAAAUAAGAAUUAGGUUCAUAACAUGCUUACUGUUCCUUAAAAGAGAGAGGGUGCACAACCACAUUUUUAAGUUGCACCUGUAUUCGUCUGUCACUGUCUCACUCGUCAUUAUUCACGAUUCAUUCAGGAGUUUUUAGAAACAUUCUAUUCUUAUUUACAAUAAAAUUCACUUUAAAAUGACAAUACAUUUACCAUUAAUUUCUAUUGGGAACAAAAUAAUCUGAAACACAACCAAAUCAAACACAUUUGUAGUCAGAAUCUUGACAUAAUCAUUGCGUGCUGUGAGUAUGGGACCAAAUACUGAACUUUUUACUACUUUAAUACACCUAAGUGCAUUUGUCCCAAUACUUUUGGUCCCCUAAAAUGGGGAGACUGAGCCAAAACAACAUGUCACUGUCCCAGUAUAAUUAAUAUCUAUAUUGAUCCAUGAGGGCUGCCCAUCCCUGACCAACAUGUGCAUGUUUCUACUCUGGGUCUGUGUGUGUGCUUAUAACCACAGACAUUCGGUACAUGGGUCUGUUCUCAUCUUAUGUCUGAAUAGUGUGUGUUUCCGUUCCAUAUGAAUCUCGUCAUGCCCUUUUUUGUUUGGUAGGUGUGUGCGUGUCAGUAUGCUCUCAGUCCUUUUUUGUUUGGUAGGUGUGUGCGUGUCAGUAUGCUCAGUCCUUUUUUGUUUGGUAGGUGUGUGCGUGUCAGUAUGCUCUCAGUCCUUUUUUGUUUGGUAGGUGUGUGCGUGUCAGUAUGCUCUCAGUCCUUUUUUGUUUGGUAGGUGUGUGCGUGUCAGUAUGCUCUGUCCUUUUUUGUUUGGUAGGUGUGUGCGUGUCAGUAUGCUCUGUCCUUUUUUGUUUGGUAGGUGUGUGCGUGUCAGUAUGCUCUGUCCUUUUUUGUUUGGUAGGUGUGUGCGUGUCAGUAUGCUCUGUCCUUUUUUGUUUGGUAGGUGUGUGUGUGUCAGUAUGCUCUCAGUCCGUUGACUAACUGUGUUGUGUUCCUGUUCCAUUUGUUUCUAAUUUGUGUUUUGUAUUUGCUCAUGAGGUCUUUAACGAGCGUCCUAGAUGCAUGGCUGACUCUAUGCAUUCUUCUCACACCCCUGGUUUGUAAAACAAAAAUCUAUAAAUGGGAAAGGGUGCUCGGGGCAUUUUGUAUCCAGAAAAUGUCUAAAACGUUAGUCAAAGAAACAGUUCAUUUUAUAACCAGCAGAUGGCAGUAUUGACUUCAGGUGCCAGCAGCAAACUCUACCAAGUCUCUUAUAACAAACACACACAAGUUCCCAUUAGUCGUAUGUACGGGACACAUGGUAUACACCAUCCAACUAAAUGCUUACGUGCAGGUUCUUUCUUGACAAUGCAACAA